AACCAGAUAUGUUUCCUAACGAUCGUGUUACGUUCUUUUCUCUCUGAUGAAACAUGUAAAUGAUAUAAUUCAAUGUAGUAAGUUUGUCACAUUUAAGUUGCUAAGCGACCAGUAUUGUACACAAAGACACGGCUCUGUUGACAGUUUGCUUGGUGUAGUAGCUAUGUAAGUGAACAGUAGCUGCAUGCAGUACUGUCGGUAGCUCGUUUCUCUGGAUGUGGCGACUGCGAAUACAAGCCUUAUUUUCUCUACAAACACUCCGACAGAACGUUAUAGCUAUGUCUUAUAAAGGCUUUAUAAAUUGUAACAGUCGUGUCUCCAAAGAAGAGCAGGAGUUUUAUGAUUUAAAAAUUAAAGCUGCAGAAUAUUAUAGGGCAAACGGCGUCCCACAGAAGAUGGAGGGUGUCCUGAACGACAUGUUCUUUGAUAAGCCCGAGGAUAUUUAUGGUUACCUGGCAAAUUACUUCUCAAAAUUGUCAUCGCCACCUGUGAUAAGCAGACUAUUGGGGAAAGAAAUGUAUGAUGGAAAGGGUCAACUAUCCCUCCAGGCACAGGUCCUCUGCAUCAUCAAAAACGAAGAAAAGACAACAUGUUCUGCGGUGAUAUCAAGCCACAGGGAGGUCCUCGACAACAGUUUCCAGGACCCAAGUGUUGUGACCAAUAUCAACAAUGAUAAGAGGAGGGAUUCUGUGAUGGCCGCUCUCCACUGGAUCCAUGAAUCACUGAACACAAUCCUAAAGGGCUCUGAUCCCUGCGACCAGACAGGAGUGGAUAAAAUACUUAGUGAUUUCUUCAUGGCCCGCUACCUGGAGGACCAGGACAUUCGGAACAGAGAGAAGGAGAACCCGCCACCUAGUGUGCCUGUGCCUGAGCCAUCCCCUCCCACAGCACCCCCCAAAGACAAGAAGGGUGGAGACAAAGGCAAAAAAGGCAACAGCACAGAGAAGCCCAUUCCACCUCCAGAGCCCUCAGAGCUGGUCCUGCCUGGCAGCAUGGCCAUUGGUUCAGUGUCCUUGGCUGUGGCCAAGACUGGGGCUCUACUGCAAUGCCUCCCCCUGUACAAGUACAUCAAAGCUCUGAGAAACCAACAACCGUGUCCAAAAGAGAUGCACAUCCCUGUGCCCUUGGUAACUUUGUUGAGCUGUGGCAAGAUGUCCCCAGGAAAACUCAAUUUACUGGAGGAAGUCAUUGUCAUCCCUAAAGCUGGACAAAGACUGAAACAAAUCAUUACAAUGGUACUUGAGCUUCAAAAGGAGAUGAUGAAAAUAAUGAACGCUGCUUCAAAAACAGGGCCUGUACUGCCAACCGUGUCUGACUCUGGAGCCUUAGUUGUUGGGUAUGAGCGUCCUGAGCAGCCUCUCGAUCUAAUUACUGAAGCAUCUAACAAUCUUGGAUUGGCACUUGGAAAGGGGAUCCAUUUAGCAGUAAACUGUGCUGCUCACAACCUAAUGGACUAUCCAAAAGGAAAGUAUGAAGUUAUUACAGGAACACCCAAGUCUCCUGAUGAACUAGUGGACAUGUAUGAGGCUUUGAUUAGUAAAUACCCAGCAGUCGUAGCUCUGAUCGAUCCUCUGCGAAAAGAGGAUGUGGAGCAGUGGGAGAGACUGAGCAGUGUGGUUGGAGCCUCGUGUAGCCUGCUCUCUGACAUCUCCUCCAAGCCCCAGUGUCACAGCUCGCGGGAAGACGCCCCAUCUCUUCCAGGGGUCAGAGGGUAUAUCCUCAAUCAGAGCAAUGAGACCACAGUCACCGACCUGAUCCACGUCACCACAGAGAACAAAGGUGCAGUGAUAAUUGGAACGACGUGCGGUGAACCCUGCAGUGAUGACGCCCUCUCAGAUGUGGUCGUAGGCCUGGGAGUUGGGUAUGUCAAACUGGGAGGUCUGAAUCGUGGAGAGCGGCUGACUAAAUACAACCGUCUGAUUUCUAUAGAGGAAGAAUUGGCCCAGCAGGGAAUACUGGAUUCAAGAAAACAACACACAUCCCCUCUCUUUGUUGGAGAAACGGAGGAGCAGUCAUCUACAUAAUAUUCUCGGGGACAAGGAUUGAACAAAAACCAUGUUUUUAUUCCAAAUGACAUUUUCUAUUUAUGUUCACAUCAAUAUAAUGUAAAUACAGGACUUAAAAUGAAUAGCUCAUACAAUAUAUUUAAAUGAUACACCAUUACAUUUUUUAAUGGAUUUUCCAGCCUUCACUUAGUGCAAAUAGGUUUCACUCUAACCAAAUGAAGUCUUGGUCUGUAUUUUACCCUAGCAACAAAACUGAAUUGAUCAAAAUACUUUUGCAUUGCAAACUCUGAAAUAAACUGAAAAUGAUAUUUAAACACAUUUUCAAAUUCCAAAGAAUAUAUAUAUGUUUAAUCUAAUUCAAUGUAAGGCACUGUGCUGUGGUCAUCAUUAUAUUGAAUAAACCUGUCCAUAUAAUAACCAUA